UAUCGCGCGAUACCCGUCGAUCUUUCCUUCUCGAGGUCUGAUCUGAAGGGGGUGGUCGGCGUGCUGUACUGUCCCUGUUUGUGACCCACAUCUCCUCAUCUGCACAAUGGCUCCUCCCACCUAUGCCGACCUGGGCAAGUCAUCCCGGGACGUGUUCGGCAAGGGCUUCCACUUCGGCCUGGUGAAACUGGAGGCCAAGACCACAUCCAGCACCGGCGUGGCCUUCACAUCCAGCUUCACGCAGACCUUGGCCAGUUCCAAGGUGUUGGGUAACCUGGAGACCAAGUACAAGUGCAAGGAGUAUGGCCUAACGCUGACGGAGAAGUGGAACACGGACAACACGCUCUCCACCGACAUCACCUUGGAGGACAAACUGUGCAAGGGGCUGAAGCUGACCCUGGACACCAGCCUGGCGCCGCAGACGGGGAGGAAGUCGGCCGUGGCCAAGACGACCUUCAAGCACGACACCUGCACGCUGAACGCCGACGUGAACCUGGACCCGGCCGGGCCGGUGGUGCAGGGCGCCAUGGUGGCUGGAUAUCAGGGUUGGCUGGCCGGCUACCAGAUGUCGUUCGACACGGCCAAGUCGAAGCUGACCAAGUCCAACUUCGCGCUGGGCUUCUCCGCCAAGGACUUCACGGUGCACACCAGCGUGGUGGACGGCCAGCAGUUCCUGGGCUCCGUCUACAGCAAGGUGUCGCCGGAGAUGGAGGCCGCCGUCGAGGUCGGCUGGGCCGCCGGAUCCAACGCCACCAAGUUCUCGCUGGGCGCCAAGUACUGCAUGGACAAGGACAGCAGCAUGCGCGCCAAGGUGAACAACAGCUCGGAGAUCGGCCUCGGCUACCAGCAUCGCAUCCGCGACGGUGUCACGCUCACUCUGUCCAGUAUGAUCGACGCCAAGAACUUCAACCAGGGCGGCCACAAGCUGGGUCUGUGCCUCGAGCUGGAGGCAUAGUGUGGUGGGGCUUCGUCAAGGGUGGCGUCUUGCCCCUCUGCCGACGGGCGUUGUCGGCGGGAUCUGUACGCAUGCGCGAGCGGGGUGCGGGAUGACGUAACGUGACGCGAGGUGUGUCCGAGUGGGUUUUAGAUGCUGUCUUUGCGAGGGGCGGGGCUGCCGGUCGGCUUGCCGGCUGAAGAGAUGCAACUGGGCGCUGACUGGCUGCCAGGACUCGCCGCCGGGCGCCGAUUGGUAAGCCCAGUUGUUGCCGAGCGAGCCGAUUGGCCGGCGCGUUGCGGCGGCCGCUCUGAUUGGUCGCUGCCGGCUGCCGCGUACUGUGAGUGGUCGCCGGUCGCGGUGGGCGGCCAAUUGGAUCGGCUUCGCCCGGCACGACCUGCAGCUGUGGCGUCCGCAGACUUGCGGGUAGCACGUUCCCUGGCGUACUGUACAGGAUGUGUGACCGGGAGACCCGUGUAGCCAAUGUAGCGGUGCGAAGGCUUGAGCCGCCGCCCGUUGCCGUCCCGGCCGGACCCCGCCCUGAAGGUAACGCCCAAAACCGCGCCCCUCGGCCUCCGCCACCGGGGGCGCGCCAAAAACAGAACGGCUACGCGGGAAGUCUGCCGGGCCGGCGGCCGGCGGCGGCCACCGCUGGGAAAUACACGGCUGGUGCCAGAA